ACCGGAAGUUUUCAUUUAGGGAAAGUUCUGAGAUGUCUGUUGUAUUUCAGAUUGCAUAAUUUUAUAAUAUUCCGACAACAUAUUCUAAGGUUUAUUGCUGAUGCUGAAUGAGUCGUAUCAACAGAUACUGAAGAUUCAUACCCCAUACGGAGAACACUCGGAUCGAGAGUGAUACAUAAUGGAGGGUUCAAAAUCCUCCAGCACCACCAUGCAGGUGAGCUUCGUCUGUCAACGCUGCAGCCAGCCCCUCAAACUGGACACCUCCUUUAACGUGCUGGACCGCGUCACAAUCCAGGAACUCAUUGCUCCACUAGUGACGGUGACACCAAGCAAACAGACAGAGAGCAACGAGGGCGAGAACGCUCCUGAGGAAACCUUUGUGGAAAACAAGCAAGAUGGCGUGGCAAGAAAGUACAUCCCACCAGCGCGAAUGAUGUCCACAGAGAGCGCCAACAGCUUCACUCUAAUUGGGGAGGCGUCGGACGGGGGCACCAUGGAGAACCUCAGCCGCAGGCUGAAGGUGACCAGCGACCUGUUCGACAUUAUGUCGGGGCAGACGGACGUGGACCACCCCCUGUGUGAGGAGUGCACAGACACCCUCCUGGACCACCUGGACACGCAGCUCAACAUCACAGAGAAUGAGUGCCUCAACUACAAGAACUGCCUGGAGCUGCUGUCCCACCUGCAGGAGGAGGAGGAGGACACCCUGCUGGCGGAGCUGCAGCAGCUGAAAGAGGAGGAGGAGUCGCUCAUCCAGGAGCUGGAGGCCAUUGAGGGCCAGCGGGAAGCCGUCGCCAACGACUUGGCGCAGGGCCGCAGCCACACCCAGCAGCUGGACACCGAGGAGCUACAGUACCAGAAGGAGUACAGCGAGUUCAAGAGGCAGCAGCUGGAGCUGGAUGACGAGCUGAAGAGCGUGGACAACCAGAUGCGCUACUGCCAGAUCCAGCUGGACCGGCUGAAGAAGACCAACGUCUUCAACGCCACCUUCCACAUCUGGCACAGCGGCCAGUUCGGGACCAUAAACAACUUCCGCCUGGGGCGGCUUCCCAGCGUGCCGGUGGAGUGGAACGAGAUCAACGCCGCCUGGGGCCAGACUGUGCUGCUGCUGCACGCCCUGGCUAACAAGAUGGGCCUGCGCUUCCAGAGGUACCGGCUGGUCCCCUACGGAAACCACUCCUACCUGGAGUCUCUGUCAGACAAGUCCAAGGAGCUGCCCUUGUAUUGCUCUGGAGGCCUGCGUUUCUUCUGGGACAAUAAGUUUGACCACGCCAUGGUGGCCUUCCUGGACUGCGUGCAGCAGUUCAAGGAGGAGGUGGAGAAAGGCGACACCGGCUUCUGCUUGCCCUACAGGAUGGACGUGGAGAAGGGGAAGAUCGAGGACACGGGGGGCAGUGGCGGGUCCUACUCCAUCAAAACCCAGUUCAACUCGGAGGAGCAGUGGACCAAGGCUCUCAAGUUCAUGCUCACCAACCUCAAGUGGGGCCUGGCCUGGGUCUCCUCCCAGUUCUACAACAAAUGAAGGCCAAAGAAGGCCCAUCUUGAUGAAAGCCCCCUCAUUACAGUUAUUUUACAGUUAUAAAAACUAUUCAAAUAAAAAUAUGCUUCAUACUUCACCGUCCCUUUGAGAAGGGUCGUCUGAUGAAACCAAGAUGGAGGCGCAUCCUGUUAGUCCUCGGGAGUGCUGCCAUGUGCCUCUGUCAUUCAUUCAAAUAUUUUGUGAGCUUUUUGAUCAGUUGUUACAGAUACUAUAUGCAUAAUAAUAUAUUUUAUGCCCCCCCCCCCCCCCCUUAAUUUUCUUUAAUGUUAUUGUCAUGCACUGCAAAAACCAAGAAAUAAGUAAAUCUCCAAAACACCACACCACAACAAGUAUUUUAGUCUUGCAUUUAGACUUAUCUUAUUAUUUAUUUUUUUGCUAAAUUAGAAGACUGUCUCAUUUCAAGAUUUGUCAGUGGGGUAAGAAAAUUCCACUUGUCAAGCAAACAACUUCAACAAGUUAAUAUUUUCUACUUGAGAAUAAAAUAACAUCUCGUGUUAUUAUAAGAUUAAAACACUUAGUCAAACUGCACUGAUAAUAUGACUUGACACCAUCUGAACGGCAGAAAAGGUUUGUGGUUGAGACGAAUGUUUAAAAUUAUGGCGUAAUAAAAUUAUACUGAUAAUACACUAAUAUUAUAAAUUAUGUAUGUGUUAAGAAGACUGUUUUCACAGUUAACCCGGUGAGCUGAGUGUGAGAUGCGGGUACCAUUUUAUCGAGAGAAAGGACUUGUUUAAACAAGCUGUUCUUCCAGCAGCAGUUUUUUUGCCAAGUUAUUUCACUGUAUUCCUUCCCUUUGUCUACAGUCGGUGGACUGACUGGCUUGCAGACGUCUGUAGCUGGCUGAAGUUGGUUGGGUUUUGAGUUGGGAAAAUGAAAUUAUUCUGAACGGAUGCAAAGGAUUUAAGUCUCAAUUUCAGCCAGCUAAUGAACAAGCAAACUUGUGUGCAAUGUUGCAUUUUGCAGCAGUGUAAAUUAAACAAUAGCAUUUAAGAUCUUAUGGUUAUUUAUGCACAUUUUACAUUGUUGUUUGUAUUAUUGUAUUGGGUUUGCAACAAGCUAGCUAGUUGCAGAACAUAGUUUUCAUCAUACAAAAUUUUACAAAAUAAAAUGUACUAUCUGUGCAGGAUUGCAAUAAAAUGUGUGAAAGGUAA